UUCUGCCAGGCGCAAGCCAAAACUUCUGGAGCCAUCACGACCCAGAAGUCAAGUAGUUAUUGUAUUUUUGAAGGUUGCAUUUCGGGCAAUUUCUGCUUUCAUCUUCCGCAUUUCAAUUCGCCAUGCCGCCUUCAUACGAGAAUCCGCCAAAAAGACGCCGCCUCGACACCGAGGACGGUGGUGAUGGGUCAAACUUCAAGGCUCACCCCCGGUUUAGGCCAACCAUCCCUAGGGAAUGGACCAUCUCCAUUGCCGUGCCCACAAGCCUUAUCACAGAUUGCGUAACACGAGAGCAGAGGACAACCAACGUCGGCCGCGUUGCGCGCGCCAUGGCCAUCUUUUCCGUCGAUGAGGUUGUCAUCUAUGAUGAUAGCCCGACAGACAAGCGCAUCACCAACGCCGACCCAGACGCCUAUACAGGCGACGUGGAUCCGGCGCAUUUCAUGGAGCAUAUCCUCACCUACCUUGAGACCCCACCAUUCAUGCGCAAAGUGCUCUUCCCCUUGCACCCAAACCUGAGAUCGCAGGGUCUACUCCCUAGUCUUGACAUGCCGCAUCACCCGCACAAGGAUGAGUGGCUACCGUACCGAGAAGGAAUGACGUUGGAACUCCCGGCAAAAGGAGGAAAGGGCACGGUCGUGGAUAUCGGCAUGCCCAACACAGUCACCAUAACCGAGUCGAUCCCACCCAAGACACGGUUAACCCUCAAAAUGCCCGACGACCCAUCCAGCGCUCCUGACCCGGUACACCCAGCGGCACCAAGGACAGAAGAAGGCUACUUCUGGGGCUUUAGCGUCCGCAAGGCCUCCUCGCUCUCCAGCGUCCUCACGGAAAGCCCCUACGAUGACGGGUACGACAUGAGCAUCGGCACCUCAGAGCGCGGCAUGCCGCUGUCAACUGCGUUUCCCAGCCAAGAGCAGGCCAACUUCAACCACUUGCUGGUUAUCUUUGGCGGUCCGCGGGGGUUGGAGUACGCAGCCAUGAACGACCCACAGCUGGGUGAGAUGGGGAUUGCUGGGGCGAGAACCAAAGAGCUGUUCGACCACUGGGUGAACGUACUGCCGAAUCAGGGGACGAGGGGAAUCAGGACGGACGAGGCAUUGUUGAUAGCGAUGACGGGACUCAGGAGGUUGUGGGAUAGCAGCUGAUAGCUGACUAAUGUACGGACAAUAUAUCACUGAGGCGUUCUUGAGGCUUUCGGCGUACCAGGGCUAUAUUAGCCGAUAUCUCGCCGUAG